CGACGGAAAGAUAGCAACGAACAAACUAAUCUUAGAAUUUAAUGUUUGUGUAAAAGAUAAGCGAGAAAAUGACUACUAGAUAUAAACAUUUACUAGAUCUGUUGUGAAAUGUAUCUGGCGGUUGUCUGUUAACCGAGCCCUGUGAACAUCGGUGCGUGGUGAGCCGAGGCAGUGAGUCCCUAUCAUGGAGGUGUCUAUACUGGAGUAAAUCAACAGGUAGUGACAAUGCCUGGACAGUUCCGCAGCGCGGGGGACAUCCUGUUCACUGACCACCCCCCUAUGCCGGGUCUGAUCUCGGACGUCCAGCUGAAGCAGUUCUCCGAGACCAGUAACUUUCUCCAGUGUCUGGUUCCCCUCACCCCCGACAAACCGUUCUUCUUUGCUCAGAUUCGAGCUCUGUCUGAUAACAGUGAGAUCACCAUCGGAAUCGCUGGACCAGACAUCGCUGAAGAUGGACGACCGGGCCGGUGGAUUAACACGGUGGGAUAUAGCAGUGAUGGCGUCUGUCGGACAUCACACAAUGAUGCAGCUAACACCCAUGGAGCCAAGUAUAGCAUAGGUGACAUGUUUGGGGUUUUUGUUUACCAUUUUGGAAAGUCGAUGUCAACUGUCAUUUUUGUAAAAAACGGACUUCCUGUUGCCACAAGAUAUCACUUUGAACCGGACCACAAGAAGUUUUUGCCGACGAUAAGUCUACAGGGCGGCCCUAUAGACCUCGGGAUCAUGUGGCCCCAGUCAGUCAUGAUGAAACCUCAAUUCUCUGAUAAAAACAUGAUACACUGGAUGGGUGACAAGGAUGUGAGAUUCAAUAUGGCUGACAAAAUGUUUUUGUUGGAUUCUGAGGCAGAGAAUGUAGGAAUAAUACAGAGCCCAACUUCACUCAGUAAAGAGUUUGAGCACUACGAGGUGAUUGUUCAGAGUGUGUCAGAGUUACAGGAGGGACCAGCCGUUGGCAUAGCAACCUGUAGUCUGCUGAAACCAACACCCACAUGUAAAACAACUGUAGAUUUCUUCCGACUAUCUGCUGAUGGUGAAAAUAUUAAGAUUUCCGUGGGACAAAGGAUGGGAAUUGGGAUCCACUAUCCCAAGGAAGUGCGGGAAAAUCCUAGUCAGAGUGACAAAUCCCAGCAGCUGGUGCUUGUGUUUGUUACCAUAGAUACGAAGAUUGUACACGCCCGUAUCAUCAUGCAGCCAGAGGGCGGGUUCUUUCCACUGGUCAUCCUGACCAAGAAUGGCUACAAAGUAACUCUUGAUGUGACAACUAAUCGUAAAAUUGAGACACAUGAAAAUCUGGAUGAGGUUUUUGAGAAUUAUUUGGAAGAGGCCAACCGUCUUAUGUUGAAUGAUUCUCUUCAGAGGCAGCUGAAACUAGAAAUGAUGAGGAAAUCUGAAGAUUUGAUGGUCGAAUUACAUGAGCAGCUCCCCCAGGUGGACUUCAGUAAGCAGUACUGCCGUGUUAGACUGUCCAAGGAAGCUAUGGGGAUCCAUGUCAUCCAGUUCAGCCUACCCCUGACUGAAUCACGACCAUACUACUGUAUAGAGAUACGUAAACUCAGUGAGGACUCGGUGCUAACACUUGGUCUCGCUCACUCCAGAUUUCCACUUAACAAACAUCCGGGAAAACUCCCAGAAUCCACUGGAUACAACUCAAGGGACGGCAAAAUGUACUACAACAAACUACAUGAGGGCUUCACUCCAGGGGAGAGAUUUGGAGAGGGAGACAUGGUAGGGGUGGAGAUUUCAAUGUUUGAUAAGAAUCACCCAGUGGCUCUCUUCUCCAAGAACUAUCGGGCUAUAGGCACACGGUACGUCACGAUGCCUGACCAGGACCAGAUGUUACCGACUGUGGCUGUGUGUGGGAACGGUUAUGAUGUGGAGAUUGACAUCUACUGGCAGAACCAAUACCUAAAGGGCCCCGCAUUCAGUGAAUGUAAGCCACGUGACUGGUGCUACCCCCAGGAAGUGACGGUGGACAGUGUAAGCCGUGUGUUCAGUGUACCGGAACACGAGGAUGUCGUUCUGAUUCAGUCACCGCGACCUCUGAACCCAGACAACAAUUAUGACUUCUUUGAGGUGCAGAUCUUGGACGAGUUUGAGGGGUCCGAUUCCCCUCCCCCAGGGAUUGCCCUGGCCUCUCCCUGUCCCCAGAAUCUCUCCCCAGAGGGUUCUUCUAAUUUUAGAUUGGAUUUUGUGCGUUUUUUGGCCAUUAAUGGAGCUGAAACGUCUGUUUCUGUGGGGGACAGGAUUGGUUGGGGGGUGAUAGUUCCGGUCAGUGAACAGAACAAACAGGAGGAUCGCCUCAUCAUCUGUUACCUGUGUAUCAACCUGAAGGUCGCCAUGACCCGGGUCAUAUACCAACCCAGGGGAGGGGUGUACCCAGUCAUCAUGCUGCCCAGUGGAGCGAACCGUGCAAAGCUUGGAAAUAUUGUUCACAUAAAGUCACAUCCGAUAACACCAAGCAUAGAGGAAAACCUCCUUAAAGAAGCCAGGGACCUACUGGCCAAAGAGAAGGACUUCAAAGCAGAAGGGAAAGAUGCACAGGAAAUGGACAUCGAUAAUUCACUGUUUAAGGUGCUUGUUCCAGAAACUGAAGAGACAACGCAAAAACAGAGGAAUUCUUGGAAGGUUGCGGGAAAUGUGAUCAUGGCUGCCAAUGGAUUUAAGCGGAAAAACAAAUCCACCAGUUGUGUGUUGUUAUAGCACAUGUGUAGGGUGUGUGUGGUACACAGUGUUGGGUUUGUGUCACAGCAAUUGCAAAGUGUUAUAGCAACAGUUUUACAUGUGUUGCAUACCUUCAUGACUUUCUAUAACAGCUACAUGUGCUGUUGCCCAAUACAUGUGCAAUGCAGCAACAUGUAAAUACUCUAUAAACAGAGCAGCAACAUGUUAAUACUAUAUGUAACAGAUCAGCAUUGCUAACUUAGAACUGAAUAACCAAGUGUUAACACAUUGAGUAUCUCUAAGCCUAAAGGACAUGCCUCUGAAUUGUAUCUCUCCUUGAAAUAAUUGCAAUGUUAACAAUGGUUUGUAUGCAUACAUUUUUUUGCUUUUUUUUAAGCAACUUGCAACAUUAAGAUCAUUAAUUCAUUAAUACAUUUGACAAGUCAUAUAAUUAAUGAUUGUGUAAAUAUUCUAUUCAACAUUCCAAUCUUGGGUUAUCUAUUUGUAAUUUUCAAAUUUAUACUGUGUUCUAAACUCUGUAUUUAUUUUUGUUGGUAGUUAGAUAACAAUUUACUUGUAUUACAAUGAAAAAAAAUUCUUUAUUUAGACAACUACAGAAUACAAAAUUUGCAGUAUAAAUAUGUUUUGCUAAUAGAAAGCAGGGUUUAUUUUAUCCAUACCACAGUUGUAUAAUGGUAGACUGUAUUCAAUUUUUUUCACAUACAUUAAUUUAUACAUAUUUUGCUAAUCAUUUAAUGUUUACAUAUUUUAUAUUUACAUUCCGAUGAUCAUAAACCUGUGAUAUGUUUUAAACAUUGAUAUACUAUCCUAUGCUCAAAUCUUUGAUAAAACAAACUAGUAAUAUUGUUA